AUGUAUUUCCACGCUGGGGUGCGCGAGGCCAAGAGGGCGGAGCUGCUGGAGGGCCUGGCGCAGGCACUGGCGGGGCCCUUUGAUGCGCAGAUGAGGCACCUGGCUGACCGGGAGAUGGCCGAGUUCGACAAGGCCUUCCGCCUGGGCCUCUCCGAGGGCCGCGGCGGCGGCUUCAGCGCGUGCGCGCGGGAGUGCGAGGCAGAGGCGGUGCGGCGCUUCGACGCGGCCCUGCAGGACGCGCUGGUGCAGGGCGUCCCGGAGCUGAACGGCGCGGCCGCACGCGAGGCUCUGGGGCGGCGCGUGGCGGACUAUGUGGACAAGGCCAAGCACGGCAGGGUCAAGGAGGCGGUGGGGGCGGCCGACAAGCGGCUGACGGCACUGCUGACGCCCACAGCGGUGGACCUGCUGCAGGACUGCCCGCCAAACCUGUGGCCGAAGCUGCACGCGGCCAAGGCGUCUGCGGUGGCAGCGGCCGGCUCCACCCUGCAGGCGGCGCUGGCAGGGGUGGACCUGUCGGACGCGGAGCGUAAGGCAGCGGAGGCCAAGCUGCAGGCGGCUGGGCAGAACAAGCUGGCGUCGCUGCUCCAGGAGGCGGCCCUGACACGUGUCAGCCGCAUGCGCGAUGCUUUCAACACCUCGUUCACGCUGGACGAGAACAAGACGCCGCGCACCUGGAUGCCUCGCGACAACAUCGACGCUCUCUCGCGUGUUGCCCGUCGCGCCGCUGCCUCCACGCUGGCCGCCCUCUGCGUCGCGCGCGGCCCUGACUACGCCGGCUCCGACGAGGUGGAGCGCGCCGUCCUCGCCAUGGCGGCGCCUGACAUCGACGCGGCCCCUGCCGCAGCCAGCGAGCCGGCGGACGGCGGCGCUAGCGGCGCGGGGGCCGGCUACGACAUCGCGUCCGCGAGCGAGUGGCCGGGGGCGUUGCGGCGCGAGGAUGUGUUGAUUGCGCCGGCUGAGGCCCGGUCGGCGUGGCGCGAGUUCAUGAGCGCGUCCACCUUGGCGGUGCAGCAGGCCAAGAUCACGCAGCAGGCCAACCUGGCGGCUGGCAAGCGCGCGCCCCCCGUGUGGGCCAUGUUUGCCAUCAUGCUGCUCGGCUGGAACGAGUUCAUAGCCGUGGUGUGGAACCCCAUAUACCUGGUGUUGGGGUUCCUGCUGUUCACCUUUGGCUGGAUGCUCUACUCUGAGCUGGACGUGGACGCGCGCAUGCAGCAGGGGUGGAUCGCGGGCGCCCUGGCGAUCUGGACCAACCUCGGAGACGCGCUGCGCACGGUAUCCCAGCGAGCUGUCAGCACGAGCGCCACGCUGAUUGGGGAGGGCGCCAACAUGCUGCAGGACCGCGCCGCCGCAGGCGAGCAGCAGCAACCUGCAGCUGCCGUCCCUUUGCAGCGGCGGCAGGGCGGCCAGGCCGGCGCAGGAACAGGCAGCGUUGCGGCGCACCACCAGCACACGUCAUCAGCAGGGCUGGUGCGCCGCAAGCAGGAGCCGGAGGGUGUCCAGAUGGCGGCUCUCGGCAGCGGCAUUGCGGCGCAGCCCCUCGACAUCAAGGACGAGUAA